GGACGGGGCGCGGGGAUGGUCCUGGGGCUGCCGGGGCUGCUGCUGUCAGGGUCGCCCUCAUCGCAGGUGCAACAGCAACGGCUGCGGGAGCGAAGCGUUCUUCCCUCCGUGUGUCCAGUAACGUAUGCUAGAGCUGAAACUCCAGACGAAAAUGGCAAAACCCAGCGAGCUGACAGUCUUAUUAUGAAGAAGAUAAAGAAAAAAAAGAAAAAGAAACACCGGGAAGAUGUGAGGGGGAAGCGCCUGAAGAUGUACAACAAAGAGGUGCAGACCGUGUGCGCCGGGCUCACCCGCAUCGACAAAGAGACUCUGUCUCAAGGACAGUGUGACAGCCUGGAAAUGAACAAGGAAUCCUUCAGGUACCUGAAGGAUGAGCAGCUCUGCAGACUGAAUUUGGGGAUGCAGGAGUAUCGGAUACCCCAGGGAGUACAAACCCCGUUUGUGACACACCAGGAGCACUCUGUUCGCAGCAGCUUCCUGAAAACUGGCACUAAAUUUAGUAACUUCAUUCACGAGGAACACCAGUCCAAUGGAGGUGCUCUGGUCCUGCAUGCCUACAUGGAUGAACUCUCAUUUUUGUCUCCAGUGGAGAUGGAGAGAUUUGCAGAAGAGUUUCUUGCGUUGUCAUUCAGUGAAAAUGAUAAAAAUGCAGCUUACUAUGCCUUAGCCAUAGUCCACGGAGCAGCUGCUUAUUUACCAGACUUCCUGGAUUACUUUGCUUUUAACUUUCCUAACACUCCAGUGAAAAUGGAAAUUUUGGGCAAGAAGGACAUUGAAACAACAACAAUUUCAAACUUUCAUUCUCAGGUCAAUCGGACGUACUGCUGUGGCACCUACAGAGCAGGACCCAUGCGGCAGAUCAGCCUGGUCGGAGCAGUGGAUGAAGAAGUGGGGGACUACUUCCCAGAAUUUCUAGAUAUGUUGGAAGAAUCUCCAUUUCUUAGAAUGACUCUGCCCUGGGGGACUCUUUCUAGUCUCCGACUUCAGUGCCGGUCCCAGAGCGAUGACGGGCCCAUCAUGUGGGUGAGGCCAGGAGAGCAGAUGAUCCCCACAGCUGAUAUGCCAAAAUCGCCCUUCAAACGGCGCCGGUCAAUGAACGAGAUAAAGAACCUGCAGUACCUACCUCGGACCAGCGAGCCCCGCGAGGUCCUGUUUGAGGACAGGACGAGAGCUCACGCCGACCACGUGGGGCAGGGCUUUGACUGGCAGAGCACGGCUGCUGUCGGGGUCCUGAAGGCUGUGCAGUUUGGGGAAUGGAGUGACCAGCCUCGUAUAACCAAAGAUGUGGUUUGCUUUCAUGCUGAAGACUUCACUGAUGUUGUGCAGAGACUUCAGCUGGACCUCCAUGAACCUCCAGUGUCACAGAUCGGGGCCUACGACCAGCAGAUAUGGGAGAAGGCCGUGGAGCAGACACAGAUGAAGGGCUUCAAGAACAAGCCGAAGAAGAAGGGGCACAUCCAGCCCGACCUCAUCGACGUGGAUCUGAUCAGCGGCUCUACCUUUGCCAAAGCCAAGCCUGAAAUUCCCUGGACGUCGCUAACGCGGAAGGGGAUUGUGAGAGUUGUGUUUUUCCCCUUGUUCAGUCAGUGGUGGAUACAGGUCACUUCCCAGAGGAUUUUUACGUGGCUCCUGGUGCUCUAUGUUAUGCAAGUGGUGGCGGUGCUGCUCUACCUCCUGGUGCCCGCGGGCAGUGCCAGCGAGGUGAUGGGCCCCCUGUGCCUGAUGCUGCUGCUGGGGACGGUUCACUGCCAGAUCGUGUCCACGCAGGUGAACAGACCUGCCGGGAGCAACGGGCUGAGCCGGCGCCGCAGGAAAUUACGCAAAUCUGUGGGCGUGGAUGGGAACAGUUGGUCUUCUGACAAAAGCAGCAAGGAAGAGCAGUCUGGCUCUGCAUCAGUCCUUACCAAUUUAUCCAGCCUGCUUUUCCAGAGGAGGAACAGAAGAGUGAAGUUGGUAGCUGAGAAAGGGACCGAGACAGAGAGUGGUGUGAGUGUUGUGGGUGAUGGCAUUAAACCCAGGCAGGCCAGAUCUGAGCACAGGCUGCUGCACUCCAAAGAGAAAAGUAAACUUUCUGACGGGGAGAAGAGCCAGCAGGAUGAAGGCACCAACAGGGAUGGCAUUUCGGACGAGCUGUCGAGCGAGGAGGACACCGAGGCCGUGGCACGAAGGGUCCUGUUACGCCGGAGCAUGGAGGGGGCCUCCAGUGACAACAGCUACGAGGAGAAGAAGAAGAGGCCUCUGCCUUCUCUGAACCAGGCUGUCUCGCAGGUCAAGCAAGCCCUGAAAGGUGCCAGAGACUCUGACAGUGUCGUGGAAUCAGAACUGGAAUCUACGUUGUAUGUUCAGGACUCGAGGCCCUGCCUUGGCGUGGGCUCCCGGAGCUGCAGCGUGAGCCGGCGGGACUCGGAGAGCACCCGGCAGGACUCGGAGACCGAGGACAUGCUGUGGGAUGAUCUCCUGCACGGCCCCGAGUGCCGCUCCUCCUGCACCAGCGACAGCGAGGACGCCGCCAGGGACCCCCGCAGGGACCCCAAGGAGGAUGUUUUCCAGCAGAACCAUUUGUUCUGGCUGCAGAACACCAGCCCAGCAUCUGCCAAAGUGAGUGCUCUGAUCUGGGAAGGGAACGACUGCAAGAAGGUGGACAUGUCCGUGCUGGAGAUCAGUGGGAUUAUCAUGAGCAGGGUGAAUGCCUACCAGCAAGGAGUGGGGUAUCAAAUGCUGGGAAACAUCAUCACCAUCGGAUUGGCGUUCCUGCCGUUCCUCUACAGGCUCUUCCGCUUGGAUAACCUGGAGCAGCUCUGCUCCAUUUCUCUCAAGGAGCUCUUGUACAUCUUCUGUGGGGCCCCUGCCAGCGCCCCUGUCAUUGUCCUGUCUGCCAUCAACUUCCUGGAAAGGCUGUGCUUAACCUGGAUGUUUUUCUUCAUGAUGUGUGUUGCUGAGAGAACCUACAAACAGAGGUUUUUGUUUGCCAAGCUUUUCAGUCACAUCACAUCUGCUCGGAAAGCCAGGAAGUACGAAAUUCCUCACUUCAGGCUCAAGAAGGUGGAGAACAUCAAGAUCUGGUUGUCCCUUCGCUCCUAUCUGAAGAGACGAGGCCCCCAGAGGUCUGUGGAUGUUGUUGUGUCCUCAGUCUUUUUGCUGGCUCUUUCAAUUGCUUUUAUAUGCUGUGCCCAGGUUCUUAAGGGCCACAAAACCUUCCUAAAUGCAGCUUACAACUGGGAGUUCCUGAUGUGGGAGGCAGCACUGCUUCUCUUUUUACUACGUCUGGCAUCUCUGGGCUCUGAAACCAACAAGAAAUACAGUAACAUUUCCAUCUUGCUCACUGAGCAGAUAAACUUGUACCUGAAGAUGGAGAAGAAGCCAAACAAGAAGGAGCAGCUGUCUCUGGUAAACAAUGUUCUGAAACUGUCCACAAAGCUGCUGAAGGAACUGGAUAGUCCCUUCAGGCUGUAUGGACUGACCAUGAACCCCCUGAUCUACAACAUCACACGGGUUGUCAUCCUCUCUGCUGUCUCAGGAGUCAUCAGUGACCUUCUAGGGUUCAAUAUCAGAUUAUGGAAAAUUAAACCAUGAACUGACAGAACAUCAGCCCUGGGCAUCUCCACCAGAGAGAAGAGAACCUCAGGUGUGGGCAGAAAGCAGAAAACUGAUGGAAAUCUGUAAUUACAGCUUUCAAACAGAUUCUCAGUGUUAUCAGAAGUUUUCUUUCUGCUUUACUGUUCUACACCACCCAGAACCAACUGGUCUCACCAGUGAUGUCAUCCCAUGGCAUGCACACAGAAAAACUGCAUUAAUGGGGCCAAAUCCUGGCAGCUGGCACUGAAACCAGCAGGAACUGGUGUGGGACAUCAAACCCUGAAGCCAUACAAGAGCUGCAGCUGGAGGGACACCAAUGGCUGUGACUGGUGCCACGUUCCUGCAAAACCUGAAUCCUGGGAUGUGACAAGGAGGGAGUCAGCCCUCCCAUCCCAGUCAGCCUUCCUGGAGCUACACUGGAAUAUUUCAGCUCAAUCAUCCUUAGCUGCACUUGUCUGGCUGUGCUGAGGAGAGUCUCAAUCCUUAAAAGCUCCACGUGCUUGAGGCUUUGCCCUGAACUGCUGCAGGAUGUGAAUUCCACCUCAGGAUGUGAAUUCCACCCCUCCCUGCUGCCACUCCAGCAAUACCAGAGUCCUGCUGUUGGCUUAGGCUGGGGCUGCUGCGAAGAAACGAUGAGUAUUUUUCUGAAAACAUUAAUUACAGGAGAAAAACCUCUCCACAAAUACUACAGGGAAAGAGUUUAUGAGCCGUAGAACAUUUUGCCAGGUCUGUUCCCUGGAACACUCCACUCCAUCCUGUCCUGCCUGAGAACAGCUCUGGCAAAGACCUCCUCAGGUUAGUGUUUAGAAAGGGCAGAGGAGUGAAAGAAAACAUUUUAAAGCUUCUGUUAUAUUUCCCUUCACUGGCUCUAUCAGCUUCUAUUUAUUAGUAAUGAAAAGAGCAAAAACUGAGGAACUUUUCAGAGCUUCAUUCUUUCACAGGAGGGUAAGAUGGCAGAAGCAUUUUUGGUAGUAAAUUGUUUACAGCUAUUUUCUGUACAAGGAAAAGUUGGGAGAUGUAAAAGGAGAUGACAAUUUUAUAUAGCAAAUUGUACAAAUAAACCUACAGGACAAGUAUUUCAUCAUUACCCACUGUUUUCUACAGGACCUGAUGAUUUUUAUACCACCUUUGUCAAGCAUUUGCUGUUUGAAUGGAGGGGGGGGAGGGUGUCAAGGAAAAUUCCAAUAAUAAAUUGCAUUUGUUUUCCAGAA